AAAAACGAGCCAUUGAGCAAAAAGCCCAAAAUUUAGAUCCAAACUCCACAAUCAGACAUCCUUACUUUCACACUCUCUCUCUUCGAAACUCAAACUAAACACAACUCAGAGAACCGAAGGAACAAGAAUCGCCGCCGCAAUCGACGUCGGAGCACCGCAAAUUCGCGACAUUAACGUGCAAAUUUGAGUGUACAUCCAGAUGAAAAGAUAUUGGCCGCUCUUUUCCAAACUCAGACGGAUCCAUAAUCAAUAUUCUGGUCGACAUAUUAGUUGGCGUUAUGACAUUGCAACUUUUCAAAGAAGAGGCAGAGGAGAUGCACCCUAUAAUUUCUGUGCAGGAAAUUCCUUUUGCGUUAGACAGUAUUCAAGUCUUGGAGUAAAUAUGGUUCAAGCAACUACCAAUGAUAAUUAUUUAGAUGGGUUUAAUAAAAUUCCUGAAAAUCUUAAUGACUUUCAUAAACCGAGUGACUCCAGUCCCAGGGCAGGAACUGUGGCUUAUGGUCAGAAUAUAGGACACUUUCAGCAUCAGUCUAGCCCAACAAGUCAUUAUACUACAAAUGACUGGACGAGUGCAGGAAACCUUGGUCAUCAUACAAUGGAAAAAAUUGAAGCAAAUGUACAACACACUGGAUACUCUAAUGAAGGGAAAACUGCAACACUUCAGCCAAUUAGUAACCACCAGACUGCGAGUAAUAUGUAUAUGGGGAAUGCAGUAGCUUACCCUCCUGGUGGUUACCAGCAAGAACAUGUGGACAAUAGAUCGAAUUGGAAUUCAUAUCACCAAGCAAAUACCUCUUUGGCAAGUUCUAGUGGGUAUCGUGAUGUUCGUGCGGCCCCACGUCAGCAGAAUUUGAAUGGAACUUACAAUCCUAACAUAGUUCCACAGCCACAGGUAAGUAAUACCCUUCACGGGCAAUCAGCUGGAAAUGAUGACUUUGAUGAUGAUAAUGAUGUUGAGGGCACACUUGAAGAGUUAGAUGCUUUGUGCAAGGAGUGGGAUCUUGCCCAUGCUGUGAGAUCGAUGACAAAAAUAAGCAAGAGGGGGCUUUUUGUAGAUAUGCCUCACUACUUGAUUCUAAUGGAUGCAUGUGGGAAGGCCAAAGCUUUAAAAGAAGCAAAAGAUGUUCAUCAGCAUCUUAUCAGGUUUAAUUCUCCUGUUAAAGUAAGCAUUUUUAAUAGGAUUUUGGAGAUGUAUGGGAAAUGUGGUUCAAUGACGGACGCUUAUAACACAUUCAAAAAUAUGCAUGAGCGUAACUUAACAUCAUGGGACACCAUGAUUACUUGGUUUGCCAGAAAUGGUCUUGGAGAAGAUGCCAUUGAUAUGUUCACCAAGUUCAAGGAAGCAGGAUUGAAACCAGAUGGUCAGAUAUUUCUCAGUAUAUUUGAUGCUUGUGGAGUUGUUGGUGAUGUAACAGAGGGAUUGCUACAUUUUGACUCAAUGUCCAAGACGUAUGGCAUCGCUCCAACCAUGGCUCACUAUGCUAGCAUAGUGCACAUGUUUGGCAGUGCCGGUAAUCUAGAUGGAGCAUUAGAGUUCAUCGAGAACUUACCUGUGGAGCCAAGUGUCGAUGUCUGGGAAAGCUUAAUGAAUAUUGCUCGAGUCCAAGGAAAUGUAGAAAUCGGGGAUCGUUGUGCUGAAAUUGUGGAGCAGUUGGAUCCCACUCGUUUGACUAAAGAGUUGAAAGAUGGCCUCGUACCCAUUAGGGAAGAAGCCCCAAAGAAGAAGGUGAAAAAGCAUAAUCCAUUGGAACAUACAAAGCAUGAAUACAGAGCCGGUGAUAGAUCACAUCCAGAGAAUGACAGGAUUUAUACAGUAUUAAGGGGGUUAAAAGAAACAGUAAAGGAAGCUGGAUAUAUAGCAGAGACCAAAUUUGUUCUUCAUGACAUUGAUCAGGAGGGUAAACAGGAAGCUAUUAUGGCGCAUAGUGAGAGACUUGCUUGCACCUAUGCACUUCUUACUACUGCACCACGCAUGCCACUUCGUAUCAUCAAGAACCUUCGCGUUUGUGGCGAUUGCCACAAUUAUUUCAAGAUCAUUUCAGAUAUUGUAGGUAGGGAAAUUGUCAUGAGAGAUGCUAAGAGAUUUCACCAUUUCAAAAAUGGAAAAUGUUCCUGCAAUGACUACUGGUGAAUGAAUAUUCUUUGACAUCCGAAGGUAAUAACCUUUUCAUGUUAUGUACUCCAAUUUUGUAUUUGGCAAUAGCAUUUCCUUUCCAAAAAGCUGGUCAUUAUGUGCCCAAGUUUUUAUUAGUCAAUAGCGUAUAUCACAUUUAGUUAGACACCAACGCAUUUAGUCGCAUGUUUUUACUUAGGGCGAGUUCUCUUCACUGGAACAUGUAAACUAACUUCAUUCGACCUUGUUGGCCUUGAUGUUAUCUUAGAUAAUAGAUAUACAUGAAAUACAUCUAUUGGAACUGAUCACCGUUAUUUGGCCUAAUCCGCUUGGAAACUUAUAUCUUAAGUACAUGAUUAUCGUUUUUCUGAA